AUGGUUCUUGUUCACUUUGAUCCUGAAGUUAAAGAAGAACCGAAGGAUCAAGUGCUUCAAACGAACAUAACAGAUUCAAACAAUCUCAAUAUUACCGAAUUAGCGAUUUCUUUCAUUACUUUUUUCUUUUCUAGAAUCGCAUUUUGGUUUUACUUCGGUAUAUUCAUAGUUCAGACAUGCAUUCAAACACCUUUAUAUCCAACAACAACUAUUAUUCCACUCAUUUUCACAUUUUCUUCAUCAAUUGGAAUUUAUAUUUUACAAUCUUAUCGAAAACGUAAAUUAAAUUACAUAACAGACAAGAAAAAAGUACGUGUGCGUAGAAACCAUCAAUGGGUUGAGAUAUUACAAGGAAAUAUCAAGCCUGGCGACGUAAUUCUUUUGAAAAACGGCGACACAGCACCAUGUGAUGUUGUUUUACUAGCCACAGGUAAAAAAUUCCAGAUAGCUGUCAAUACUCGUAUCAUUGAUGGUAAAAAUCAAUUAAGAGCCAAAAAACCGAUUCAAAAAUGCGAUCAUUUCCAACCAGAGAACAUUUUGAACACAGACUUCCAAAUAAAUUACGCCAGAACGUCAGAAGGUAAUCUUCCUCCCCUUACAGAAAGAGUUCAAUUUGACGGAACAGUUAUUGUCGGUCAGGAACAGCUAAACAUCUCAAAUGAGCAGUUUAUUGAGAAGUUCUCUAUUGUUUACCAUACAGACGAGAUCAUUGUCGCUGCUGUUUACACUGGAUCUGAUUGCAGGUGUUCAUUACACAGCAAAACAGGGUAUUUCAGGUCUACACUACUCGAGAAACAACUCAACAGACAGAACAUGAUACAAAUUGCCUUCAUUUUCAUUCUUUCCAUGGUUUUAGCGACAGUUUCGAUUUUUUAUAGGGAUAUUUCAAGCAGUUGGCCAGUUUUAGAUGAUACACCUAACUGGCAAUACUAUACAUAUAGCUUUACCAACUUCCUUGUCCUUCUAACUCCACUUUCUCCGUUUGAAUUGUAUCUAAUGAUUGAUAUCUCAUUAUUUAUUCACUCUUUCUUCCUGAAAACAGCUAUAUUGUCAUCAGUCAACAGAUUGGAUGAGCUAACUCAUAUAGAUUCUGUUGUUGCAUCAAAAUCUCUUUUAAUUGGCACUCUUCCGCCGACAAUCAAGAGAAUUUACGUGGCAGGAAGGAUGUAUGGCCGAUCAAUGACCUCGCAAGAGCUUUCUGAGACAGGAAUUCAAGGUUCUUCGAAUGAUGAAUUUGAUGACCCAUCAUUUUUCGAAAAUGCCAACACUCCUGAGGUCAGCCUCUUCCUCGAACACAUUUCAUUAUGCCAUCAAGCCACAGUUCAAAUAGAAAAAGAUUUUAUAUCUUUUAUUUCAUCAGUUCCAGCUGAGGAACCACUUCUCAGACUUGCCUCAAAGAGUGGAGUAACAUUUGCCCACAGAGGACCCAAUCAGUUGAUAUAUUUGAAGGGAAAUCUGAUCAGAAACACUCUUCUCGCGACAGGAUUCAUCCAAGUGCCAAAUUUCGAGGACACAUAUGUUGGACAAGUCACCUACAUUCCGCAGUCCAAGCAACACCCGCGAAUUUCAGUGAUAAUCCGCGGAAAAGGCACCGGAUUCAUUUUCACUCGCUGGAGUGUCGAAGAAGACCCUGAUUUAGAGGGACUCCCCCUGCACGAGCUGAAGGAGAUGCAGUCGCAAGGGUUGCAGGUCACCGUGCUCUCAUACAAGCAGAUCUCGCCUGAGUCGCUGAGUAUCUCUGGUUCUGACAUAAUUCAGAAAUUUUCUGAAAUUGAAAGAACUGGCACUUUUUUGGCAUUAGUUGGCUUUGAAGAUCCUCCACGCGACGGCGUUUUGUCUUUUGUUAACAAAGUGAGAGGCAGCGGAAUACAGAUGAUUCUUGCGAGCCACGGACCAAUCAGAACUCUCACGACUCACGCUCUUUCUUUGGGAAUUUUGAAGAAAAAUCAGGGAACUUCACCUUUACGAGGAAAUACACAACUUGAGAUUGAUGGAGAGUUGGAGAGGAUGCUGUCUAAUUUGGGAGGAUUCGAUGAUGCUCUUUUGAUGAGUGGAAACCAGAUACAAAACAUAAUUCAGUCAAAAGUUAAAAAUGUUCCUCAAAUUCUGAAAGCGUUCACUGUCAUUCUGAUUGACAAAUGCCAGCCAAACGAUGUCCAGCUGUUGGUGGAGUACAUCCGGAAGCAGGGAGAGAUGACAAUCAUCGGAAUCGGCCAGUCAAUCACAGACAGCGGGUUCAUGAACGCUUCUUCCAUGUCAAUCACUGUCUCAGACGAUUCUCCGACUCCGAUGGGAAUAAUUUCUGAUCUGACUGUCGACAGAUUCGACCAGCUCUCAGACAUAAUCUUUGUCACGUGCCAGUGGUUGUACGACAGAAUCACAACGAUGAUUAAUUUCACUAUUCCUCGCGAUACAUUUCUUGGAUUAGUUCAAAUGGCUUAUCAGUUCCAAGUUGCUUUUUCUGGAACUCCUCUCUUCACUGCCGCUCAUAUUCUGAGUGUUUUGGUGUUUACUGGAUGUCCUGCUGUCUCUAGAUCUGUUCUGAACAAAAGAGUUGGCGAGUACAUCCUCAAAAACACUCCGCAGAAGUACUACUUGAGAAGAAGGAAGCAGCCGAGGUUGUCAUUCAUCAGAUUCAUGAUUUCUUCUGUUCUCUGCAUUUUGGGAGCAAUUUUCUCUGUCUGGUUCAAGGCUUUGGUCGACAGAGAUGUGAGGAAGCCGUACAACGACACCAUUUCUCUGCAGCAGUUCAGGUAUUCGAUGUCUGCAACAUUUAUUUUGUCUUGUGUCGCGUGGACAGCAACGCAGACUGAUACUUGGACUCUGUAUCAUAAUAUUUCAUUGUUUGGAAGCUUGAUCUGUUUCUUUGUUGGGUAUAGUUUGGUGACUGAUAACCAAGGAAACUCACAGACAUCAGGAGUUUCUUCGACAAUGUCUGGAAACUGGAUUUCGUCUUUGUCUACUUUCAUUUUCCCUAUUUGUUCUAUCUUCUUGCAGUUCUCGUACACACUGUUCAAGAGAUUCUUCGAACAGGAGAAACAAGUAAAAGCUCAGCAACCUCAACUUGACAACUCUCCUCAAGCUGCAAUUGUCUAA